UGAAUGCUUGACCUUACCCCUCCAUCCGCACGAGCACAUUUUGGACAUGGAACGCAGUGGGCGAUGAUUUUUGCCCUGACUGGAUUAUGAAGUGCAAUUUUUUUUCUUCAGCUUCAGGGUGCUGCCAGAGUAAACCAAGGGGACAAUGGUGAAACAUUUUUGCUGCACGGGUGUGUUGAAAAGCACCUGGGACCAAGUUUGCACUGCUUUCUGGCAACGUUAUCCCAACCCUUACAGUAACCACGUGUUGACGGAGGACAUUGUUUUCCGAGAAGUUACCCCCAACAACUGCCUCGUUUCCAGACGUCUGUUGACCAAAACCAGCCGUGCGCCUCGAUGGAUGGAGCGGUAUCUUCCGAAACACAUGUCCAGCUCGGCGUACAUCAUCGAGGACUCGGUCGUGGACCCUCAAAAACAGACCAUGACCACACUAACGUGGAACAUCAGCCACGCUCGCCUCAUGUCUGUGGAGGAGCGCUGUCAGUACAGAAUAAACCCCGAGAACAGCAGCUGGACGGAGAUCACGAGAGAAGCCCGGAUCUCUUCAGGCGUCUUUGGGCUUUCUAGACCUAUCCAGGAAUUUGGUCUGUCCAGGUUCAAAACGAGCGUCACAAAAACCAUGAAAGGCUUUGAGUACGUGCUCGCCAAAAUGCAAGGUGAAACUCCGUCGAGGACCUUGGCAGAAACCGCCACGGAGCGAGCGAGAGAGACGGCGCUGGCAGCUAAAGAGAAAGCCAAAGACCUGGCCUCACACGCUCAGAAGAAACAAUAUGUAUGAUGAACUGCAGUGUUUGGUACCUGGACCUAUGUACCUCUCUUCUUUUUUAAAACAGGGUCAUUUAGUUACAGAUCCCAGUCAUGGUUGAACACCUCUGAGGAUGAAUGGAAACUGUUAAAAGGCCCGAGUUUAUUAGACCUCUGAUGCURCAACACGUCCAUGUUUACCACAGAUAAGAGAUCCUGGAUAUGAUGGUAGAAUACAGCCCAGCAUGCCAUAAAAAGAUUAAAUCCAACACUGGAAGUGUUCCUUAAACCUUUGCUCAACCUCUGUUUCCACCAGCAUUUGCUUUUUAUUUACUCCCAGCUCCUGGACCGUGUCAUGUUUUAGUCAAUCAACAGCACUUCUCUUGUGAUUUUUGUUUGUUGUUUUAUUGUCUCCAUUGGGUCAUCUCACCCAGUUAUAUACCUCUAAUAAUAAUUCAACCAAGGCUGAUGAUUUUAUUGCUUCAUGAUGAAGUAUUAGCUGCUGAAGAGUCUGUAUUGUUGGCAAUCAUGGCUUCAUAAUAAAUUCUCUUAACCUUCCUGCUACAGUGGAGACGUCAGAUUGUCCCCCUGUAUAAAUACAGACCACCUUUGCAUCAUUAAGUUCUAUUAAUAUUAUAGCAAGUAAAAUCAAUCUGCUACUAAAUAAAGCCUUUCUAAUCAGAA